AUAAAGCUGAGACUACUGUAGAGAGGCAACAAGCUGAAGCUGUCUUGACUCAGGAUACCUGGAUUCCUCAAAGCCAGCUCUUCUCAGGUUUCUGACCAAAGGGCCUGGGAGCUCCCUCCACUGGCGCUGUGGGAAGCUUUAGCCAAUCAAAUGCACCCUGACAACAAACUGCCCAGCCAUGGCAAGGCAGGCAGCAGCGGUGCCCCAGCCCAGCACCACAACGUGAGCCAAGCACCCACCUGCAGCCUGGGCUCUAAGGGUGUGGGGGCAGGCAGCCAUGGCAGCAAGGCCACUCAAAUCUCCCCUGGCAACUCUGGACUGAAAAGCAGCCAGAACACUGUCUCAAACUUUGGAUCCUUGAAGGGCAAAGUGAAACGGGAACGAAGCAUCUCAGUGGACUCAGGAGAACAGCGAGAAGCCAGCACCCCUUCCCUGGACACUGAAUCAAAAGGUGAGGUGGCUCCCCGUAGCAAGCGACGGUGCGUGCUGGAAAGGAAGCAGCCGUACAGUGGGGAUGAAUGGUGCUCUGGACCAGACAGCGAGGAAGACGACAAGCCUAUCAGCAGUGCACACAAUUGUAAUGUAGCAGAUCCUGCAAUGUCCACAGCCUCGCAGCUUGGUCCAGGGUCCAACCCGCUACCAAACCUGAAUGAGACCAGUUCUUCCAGUGCACCUCAUGGUGCUGCCCCAGGCUUACGGCCGGACGGUGCAGGAGGCGGAGGUGGUGGAACGGGAAAACAGCCUUCACAGUUCGUUUACGUCUUUACCACGCACCUUGCUAACACAGCUGCAGAAGCUGUCUUGCAGGGCCGAGCUGACUCCAUUCUGGCCUAUCAUCAGCAGAAUGUCCCGCGGGCGAAGCUAGACCAGGCGCCAGUUCCUAAAGUGCUGGGGGUUACUGAGCAGCUACCGAUUAACCCACCUGCUGCCAACACUCCGCAGUCCCAGCCGCCAGCACCGCAAGCUAGUCAGCCACAGCCACAACCUCCCCUGCCACAGCCUCCACCUCCACCUCAGACCAUCAGUCAAACAGCUUUGCCCACGCCCAGUGCCCUGCCCCAGGAAGGGACAGGUGAGGAUGUCCGGAGGGAUUUGACUCCCAACUCUUUGGGGAACAACAGCAGCAGCAACCAGCCCGGAAGUAACCACCCAAAUGCACCCACCGCCUCUGCCGGAACUAUGCAGCCUGGGCAAGUGGACUCCUCUGCCACUUCCAGCUCUAGCCUCCUGGGGGAAGGCCCAGGCUCGGGGAUGCCAGGAAAUGGGCAGGCAGGCUUGGGCCCCAGAAACCCCAUGAACUCAGAAGGGCUUUCUAAGGAACAACUGGAGCACCGGGAGCGCUCUCUGCAGACCCUGCGUGACAUUGAACGUCUUCUGCUGCGCAGUGGUGAGGCUGAGCCCUUCAUGAAGUCCAGCCAAAACACGGGCGAGAGUGGAUCUGCCCCUCAGCCACAGGCUGCCCCUGCCCAGCCCCCUGCACCUCCCACCAGCAUGAAGAAGUACGAAGAACCCCUGCAGUCCAUGAUUUCCCAGACACAGAGCCUGGGUGGCCCCAGUCUGGAACAUGAAGUCCCUCAUCACCCAAGUGCUGACAUGGGGCAGCAGAUGAACCUGAUGAUGCAGAGGCUGAACCAGGACAGCCUGACCCCAGAGCAGGUGGCCUGGAGGAAGUUGCAGGAAGAGUACUAUGAAGAGAAGCGGCGGAAAGAGGAGCAGAUCAGCAUCCAUGGCCGACCCAUGCAGGAGAUCAUGAUUCCACAGUCUAUGGGAGGCAUGAUGAUGCGUGGGCCCCCACCACCCUACCACAGCAAGCCUGGCGAGCAGUGGCCACCAGGGAUGGGCAGCCAGCUGCGGGGACCCAUAGAUGUGCAGGACCCGAUGCAACUGAGAGGAGGGCCACCCUUUCCUGGGCCACGAUUCCCUGGAAACCAAAUGCAGAGAGUCUCUGGCUUUGGGGGGAUGCAGAACAUGCCCUUGGAUGCUCUUGGGCCUAUGAAUGCCAUGCAGAGGCCAGUCAGGCCCAGCAUGGGGUGGAGCGAUGAUAUGCCUCCUAUGGGAGGCCCUGGGAACUUUCCACAAGGCACCCUGCCCUACCCAUCAGGGCAAGGUGACCCUGAAAGGUUCAUGAAUCCCCGUGCCAGAGAGGAGAUCCUGCGGCAUCAGCUGAUGGAGAAACGCCCAGUGGCAAUGCAGAGGCCCAUGGGGAUGUCCAGCAACUCCAUGAGCCAGGGUAUAGAAAUGGAGAGGAUGAUACAGGCUCACAGGCAAAUGGAUCCAUCCAUGUUUGCUGGGCAGAUAGCAGGGGACAACCUGAGCAGUGCCCCGAUGGGAAUGGAGUUUGCAGGCACCCGGGGGAUGCUGAGCCCCCCUAUGAGCCAGUCAGGCCUUCGGGACAUGGAUGCACCCAUGGGCCCCAGCAACCUCAACAUGAACAUGAAUGUUAACAUGAAUAUGAACAUGAACCUCAAUGUCCAAAUGACCCCACAGCAGCAGAUGAUGAUGUCGCAGAAGAUGAGGGGCCCUGAUAUGAUGGCACACCAGGGCGUGAGUCCUGAGGAGCUGGCCAGGGCAAGGGCUCAGAACGGCAAUGGCAGUGCAAUGCUGGGGGGGGGGCAGAAAAUGAUGAUUCCCUCCCAAUUCCCCAAUCAAGGACAGCAAGGCUUCUCAAGCGGACAAGGACCUUACCCCAACAUGCCCCAGGAGUUGGGCAAUGCCUCGGACAUGUUCAGCCCUGAGCAAGGUGCCAUGCCUGUUGGGAGCAUCAGUGGCACAACCAGACUCAGCCACAUCCCUCUGCCUUCAGCUUCCAAUCCCACUUCCACGCAAGGGGGCAAUCUGGCCAGCAUGCACCCAGCACCUUCCCGGGGGCUGGGCCGCCGGCCUUCUGACCUCACCAUCAACAUCAGCCAGAUGAACUCCCCUAGCAUGGGCCACCUCAAGUCCCCCACGCUCAGCCAGGUGCACUCGCCACUGGUCACCUCCCCUUCUGCCAACCUCAAGUCCCCACAGACACCCUCGCAGAUGGUCAGCAUGCCACCUUCAAACCAGUCUGGGCCCCUUAAGUCCCCCCAGGUGAUGAGCUCUUCACUCAGUGUCCGGUCUCCCACUGGUUCACCAAGCCGCCUGAAGUCUCCUUCUAUGGCUGUUCCUUCCCCUGGCUGGGUGCCAUCUCCCAAAGCCAGCCCUGGAGUCAGCCAGAGCAAGCAGACCCUCAGCAUGAACUCAUCUACUUCCAUGGGAGGACUGGAUCAGGGUUCUCUCCCUUCUGGGCCUAGAAGCAGUUCUUCCGCACCAGCCAGUAACACCUCUAGCACCAUGAAUCCCAAUAUGCCUUUUACUUCCUCUCCAGAUCCAUCCCCCUCCCAGAACCCCCUCUCGCUGAUGAUGUCCCAGAUGUCCAAGUAUGCCAUGCCCAGCUCCACACCACUUUACCACAAUGCCAUCAAAACCAUCGCCACGUCUGAUGAUGAACUGCUGCCAGACAGGCCUAUGCUCCCACCUGGAAGCAUGUCAGGUGUGACAGGGAAUCAGACGAAUCAACUGCACUUAAACUCAGUGGGGCCUGCAUCCUCUCAGAGCCCCAUGGGAAUGAACCUGCCUGGUCAGCAACCUCUCUCCCAUGAACCACCCCCCACCUCCAUGAUGUCGUCCCCAAACCCACUGGGCUCCAACAUUCCUAUGCACCCUAGUGCACCAGGGGCCGGCGUACCGCCCCAGAACCCCAUGAUGCUGCCCCCAGGGCCCCAGGACUCAUUGAACCAGCAGUGUGGUCCUGUGCCGAACAGUUCACAGAUGAUUCCUUCCAACCAGCUCGUGUUCCCCCGCAUGCAGCAGCCCCACAAUGCCAUGCAGUCUCCAGCAGGAGGUAUGCCCAUGGCCCCAGGAGGGGGAGGCGGCCCUGGAAUGCAGCAGCAUUAUCCAUCAGGAAUGCCCUUGCCACCAGAGGACCUUCCCUCCCAGCAGCCCGGCCAGAUGCCCCCUCAGCAGCACAUGAUGGGCAAGAACAUCCCUCCUCGGAUUGGAGAGCCGUAUCCCCCUGUGCUUCCUGGGGUGGCCUCCGUGCUGAAUGACCCUGAGCUCAGUGAGGUCAUUCGCCCCACACCCACAGGUAUUCCUGAGUUUGACUUAUCCAGGAUCAUCCCAUCAGAGAAGCCAAGCAGCACCUUGCAGUAUUUCCCCAAGAGUGACAGCCAAGCACCCAAAUCUCAGCCUUCCAACCUCCACCUCAUGAACCUACAGAACAUGAUGGCUGAUCAGCCCCCUGUGCGGCCAGGUAUGAAUGCCCCUAGCCUUCCAGGACAGCAGGGUGUGCAGAGGGGACUCAGCAUGCCCAUGUGCCAUCCUGGACAAGUGCCCAUGCUGGGCAGGACAGGCAUACCACCCCAGCAAGGCAUGAUGGGCAACAGCAUGCACCAGGGCAUGAUGUCUCCACAGCAGAGUCUGAUGGCCCAGCAGAAUUUCAUGCUGAUGCAGGCUAAGCAGAGGAGCAUGUCUGUGUCAGGGGAGAUGUAUGCCCAGACAGGACACAUGAUGUCACCUCAGGGCUCUCUCAUGGGGCCCCCGCCUCAGCAGAACCUAAUGGUCACACACCAGAUGAGGCAGAGAAGUGUCUCCCUGGACAGCCAAAUGAGUUACAUCCCCGGGCCUGGGAACAUGGCAAACCUACCUUUCUAACCAUGUCUGGCACACAGGGAUGGGAAGGGGCAGGAUCUGAUUGUACAAACUUUUGUAAACCUUUCUUUGGGGGAGGGUUGGGGGCCAAUGCCAGUGGAGGAUGCCAAGUAGGGUGUUUUCAUAUUGGAUUUGCCUCUAUACAGAAAACCAGAUGUGCAGUAAACUUGAUGUGAAUUGG